AUGGCAGCAUUACAGCCUUUGAAGUUCCUGACAGUCCAACCUAUCGCUAAACACACCGCCACAGUCAUAUUCGUUCAUGGCUUGGGUGACACCGGAUUUGGUUGGAAACCCGUCGCGGAGAUGUUCAAAGCGGAUUCUACAUUGAACCACAUCAAGUGGGUUCUACCCCACGCCCCCACAAUGCGCGUCACGGCAAACAUGGGCAUGGAAAUGCCCUCCUGGUUUGAUAUCUACGACUUCGGUUUUCAGAGCACCGAGGACGAGACGAGAAUACUGCACACGGUGCAUUCCCUGAAUCAGAUCAUCACUGCGGAAGUGGACGCUGGCAUUCCAGCAAAUCGUAUUGUCCUGGGAGGCUUCAGCCAAGGCGGCGCAGUGACCAUAUUUACGGGCUUGACAUCUGAACGCAAGCUAGCUGGACUUGCUGUCCUCAGUGGAUGGACGCCUCUCGCGAACAAGCUCAAAGCGAUGGCGACACCAAGCAUGAAAUCAGUACCCAUUUUCUGGGGACAUGGCAAGGCCGAUCCGUUGGUUAAGUUCCGCUUUGCUCAGCAUUCUGUCGACUUCUUGCAUAACGACCUCGCUAUCUCAUCUGCCUCUCCCGAUGUUCCGGAGAAAGGGGGGUUGACUUUCCAUGCAUAUGACGAUCUCCCGCAUAUGACGAAUGAAGAAGAACUUCGCGAUCUCAGUGCCUGGUUAAGGAGAAUACUACCGAAGGAGUAA